CAUUCUUGGUGUGUUGUUUUUAAAGUGUAGUUUCAUGAACAUGAGGUUCAGGGCUUUAAAAAAUAUUUUACUAGCAAUAUAAGAAAUUACCCUUGAGGUUAAAUUGGCAUUUACUCUGCAUUAUGGAAAUGGAAAGUACAAUUUAAAAUAUGUGAAUGGGCCAAAUAAAUUUAAAUCCAGAACAGUUAUCUCUGAGCAAGGACUUACGUCCUGUCCUUCCUGAGAGCUUUUGAUCUCCAGGUUUCUCUCAAAAUAGAAAUGGAAGGAGUAAUUUUGUUUCUGUUUGGUGAAACUGAUAAAAGUAUGAAAAAACAACAUUUUGUGGCCUUCACUUGUUGGUGACCACACCUUAUUGGUCACUGCCUCUGUGGAUACUUCUACUAAUCUGAAAGCUAUUGGUAGACAAUUGGGAAAUUAAAGUAAAUUUGUUGACCACUGACCACAAGUUUAAAUUAUCUAACAUAAACCUGUCUCAUAAACCUGCCUGUAACCUUUGCCCUUCUUGUCCCGCUCAAUUUAGUGUUACUUUUAGGGAGGAUGUGGUGCAGAUAUGAUCUGCUGGACCAGCUGCAGUGCCACCCUUUCAGCAGCAGAGGGCAGAAAAUCCGAAGAGCACUGACGGGAUAAGCGCUACCAAACGGUUCAAAUACCACCAGACCUUAAGUCCCUGAUCAGCACGGGGAGAAGAAACACGCGCCCACAUUUAAAAGAAGGCGCUGUUCUUGAGGGGAAAUUAGUCGGUAAUGCAGAACGAUUUUAGUUUUGAUUCCUAAGUGGGGCACAAGACACUGCUCCUAUGUCCAUGACCGUGACCUGAAAGGGUUGCAGUAAAUAACGCUGUAUGAUCCACCAGGAUGUCUGUUAUGUGGAAACGUCACCAGGGAGUAAUGCGAUAGUUUGUUGCUCGUGACAAUACUCUUGCCAUUCUCUUCGCAUUCCGUUGGAGAGUAAAGUGUAAAUGAUUAUAAUUUCGAAGGAGAAAAUAGAAGGCCUAUCUUUCUUGGGAUUCCUUUACAGUAAGGAGAGGCAACACGUCUUAAAAAGUACACAGGCAGAGGCUAACCCUGCGACAAGCCCAGCCAGCACUGACCGGUUAGAGACGAUGCGGUGAUUUUAGCCAUCGGAGACAAUAAUUCACAACCGUGGGAUGCUCCGCGGAAUUCCCGAAUGUCACACGUGCUCUAUGUGGCGCUGAAACGUUUCUCGCGAACACAUUUUCACGGAAUUUUUGGGUAAAGUUUUACUUGAAAGGGGAUUAUUAAGCCGACCUCUUGAGUGUCGAGGGCCAUUAUUUUCUCCUUUCCCAUGUCAUGGCAACAGUUUAAUACUUCUAAUGUCGUUCUGCAUUUUGCCCAGAGUUGCAGGCCUGUGUGGUAAGCAAUACCCCAUAAAUCAAUGUCACCGUCUUACGAAAUACAGUUAUAGCCUGGACAGUAUUAAAUAUGUAUGGAUAUUCAUGAAUGCGUUUGCUAUCCUGGAUCUGGAGUAUAGUCUACUAAAACCGGGAGUAGCCUAACCAGGAUUGUUGAAUUAGGGGUAACCUAGGCAAUAUUGAAAUGUCCAUUAGGCUAUAACAUCGUCCAUACCACCUGUUUGCCAGUUAGUCUAAAGCCUGCACCUCAGUUUUGAGCCUGUAAAUGUUUUCAUUUGGAAUGGCGAAGACUCCCUGCGUCUAAUCUACGGCAUUCUCAUCUUCUAAAAUGUGUUUUGUCUGGUUGAAGAAGAUUUCGAUAUCGUUUUUUAAAAUAUAUUUCGGGACAAUAAUUUAUAAUGAAAUGCGUGUUAAGUAUUAAGCCAAUAGUAUGCUAAGCGAGACCUGUACAAAAAUAUAUUUUUAACUAAUCGUUUACAUGAGCGGAUUAACCGUGUUUUAACAAAAAAUAAAUGAAAAAUAAUAAAGAUGAAAAGGCAAGUUUAAUUUUCUCCUCUUUAAAUUGUUAUAUUUUAUGCCAUAUCGGAUUCAUGGCCGUUCAAUACCACAACAAUUUUGGGGUUUAGGCUAAUUUGGUAUUCCAUACCAUAACAUAGCCUAUUUCCGUUUGUUUAACGGUUUCAUGAGACAAUUAAAACUCUUCGCUAACUAACACUGUAGGCUACUUUACGCUGUCCUUUUGAACUUGUGUCGUAGGACAUCUGAACUGACAGAAUGUGGAGAAGCAUUUGUAACUUUAAUUUAUGACUGCGUUCAGAAUGAGAAUUCGGCUUUUUUUGCACAGAGAAGUUAGUAGCCAUCGUUUCGACAUCACGUGACUGCCACUCUGGAGGGUGCUUUGAGGCUUCCUGUGACCUUACUGACUCGUGCAGGGUGUCGCUGACAUGUUAAAUAGCAACAGGCAAAUUCCAGGACGUUCCAAUACUGCUGCACUGCAUCGUUCCCGCGAGGAGGAUUUGACUAAGAAACAUUUCACUGAGUUUUGCUGGCGGGCUGUUCCGUUAUGAACGAGCAGGAGGAGGCAGAGUGAAUCAGCAAUGGGAUGGAGCUCCAGCCACCGGACACGGACCAGCAGUUACAAGCAUCCCGAGACAUUUGUGUGAAUUGUUCAGUGUUUUAUCAAAGCCUUUAUUGGUGUACUAUAUCAAAUGCAGAGAAGUCGUUCGAUGGGCGCUAUGAAAGUGAGAAUUCCGAAACGCACACAUAGGAACUACAACGGGACUCAAGUUUUCGGAAGCAGGAUAAUCAGGAGGCAGCCCUAGACUGAUACCUCUGACACCGCACCACCAGCCCAGAGGAUGGGGACCAGAGAAUAAGCCUCCAAUCUCCUUCACAUUCUACUGCCCCUGCCCCCUCCACUGCCACAGCAUGCUUCCUAAAGAACACAACAGUGAGGUCAAGGCAGCCAAGAUGAAGAUUUUCAAGAAGGAGGAGAAGGAGAAGGAGGUGACCUAUGUAGACCCCCCAGAUGGGGGAUGGGGCUGGAUGAUUGUCCUGCACUGCUUCCUGGUAAACGUGUUGGUGAUGGGAACCCUGAAGAGUUUUGGGAUUUUCUUCGUGGCGUUCCAGGACGAGUUUGGUGGCUCGGCAGAGAGCAUCAGCUGGAUUGGGUCCAUCAUGUCCAGCCUGAGGCUGUCGGGAGGCCCCCUGGCCUCGGUGGCCUGCGCUAAGCUUGGGAACAGAACUACUUCCAUUGUGGGGGCGCUGCUGGUGAGCACGGGGUUCCUCCUCAGCAUCCUGGCCACCAGCGUGGUCUUCCUCUACAUCAGCAUGGGGCUGAUCAUCGGUAUGGGCUUUGCUCUGCUGUAUCAAGCCACUUCUGUCGUCACGGCGACCUAUUUCAGGAAGAGGCUGGCCACGGCGUACUCGAUUGGCCGCUCAGGCAUGGGUUUGACCUUUGCCCUGGCUCCCUUCACUCAGCUGCUACUUGACCAGUAUGCCUGGCAAGGGGCGCUGCUGAUUUUGGGGGGACUCAUGCUGAAUCUGGUGGCCUCCGGGAUGCUCCUUAGGCCCAUUCGUGUCAAGUUCCCGUCCUCGCCGCAAAUUCACAAAGACCCAAACGGCGUAAUGAUUGGACCAGAGAAGGAGGCUCCAAAGCUGUGCCUGAACGGCUCCUCCCCUGUAACCAACGGCACUGCCAAAACGGGCCCCCCCUCCGGGCCCUGCUGGGACUGCCUGCCCCCCGACCGGCCCGUCCCGCCGCAGACCUCUGAUCUCACGAGCCUGGUCCGGAACGGGCUGGGCGGCCCGGACGGGGACCCCUGCAAGGCGGGGGGGCCGGGGGAGGUACCCCAGGAGCAGAACGGGAAGUCUCCAGCAGCGGGGAGCCUGCCCGCGGAGAGGGGGCCCCCUGGGGUCAAAGUGCUGGACUUCGCUCUUCUGAAGAACCCCUUCUUCUGCAUCUACACGUGGUCGCUGGUCUUCAGCCAGCUGGCCUACUUCAUCCCCUACUUCCACCUGUCGGCCCGCGCCCGGACCCUGGGCAUCGACCCCAUGGACGCGUCCUUCAUCAUCUCCGUGGCUGGGAUCACGGAGACGGUGGCCCAGCUGGGCUCGGGCUGGCUGACGGACAGGAACCUCCUGCAUAAGUACCACUACCACAAGGCCUACCUGAUCCUGUGCGGCCUGGUCAACCUGCUGUCCCCGCUGGCCGACACCUACAUCCUGCUCAUGGUGUACGCCAUCUUCUUCGCCAUCUUCUGCGGAGGAUACAUGGCCCUCAUCUUACCCGUCCUGGUGGACCUGGUCGGUCCAGAGAAGGUGAAUAACUCCAUGGGAUUCUCCAUGUUCUUCGUGGGUCUCGGCUGCCUCACAGGGCCCCCCCUCGCAGGGUUCCUGUACGACUACACGCAGACGUACGACUGCUCCUUCUACCUGGCGGGCGUGUGCUACCUGCUCUCCUCCGUGUCGCUCUUCCUGGAGCCGCUGGCGUGGAGGUGGAGCCACGGGAGGAGGUGCGGCGCGGGCCAGGGAGCCGCCGAUCCCGCCUGGAGGAGGAGCAACGGCCGCCUCCCCGCCCAGCCGCUGAAGAACGGCGUCGUGUAGGGAGGCCACUGACCCAGCGCCAAACCCAGCGGCGACCCAGCGCCAAACCCAGCAGCGCCCGCUCCCUCGUUUCUGCACCGUCCGGUCCGGUC